AUGAGUAGUGGUUCAUUGAAGGAAGCAAACGUCGCUCAAGCAAUGGAGCUUUGCAAGAAGGGAGACAGUAUUUUGACCAAAUUCAUUUAUCUGGGUAGCAGAAAUGAUGAUGCCUGUGAAGCCUAUAGAACUGCUGCUAAUAAAUUCAAGGUUGCUAAAGCUUGGAAGGAGGCCGGAGAUACUUUCAGAAAGAUGGUUCCUCUUUUGCUCAAGAUGAGUAGUAAAUAUGAAGCUGCCACCGUUGCUAUUGAUGCAUCAAAUUGUUAUAAACAAGCCGGACUCAAACAAGAAACAACCGAAUGUAUUAAUGAAGCAAUAGGUUUAUUUACCGAAGCUGGUAAAUUUGCCACAGUUGCAAAAUAUGAAAAGGAAAUGGCUGAAGUAUUAGAAGAAGCCGAAGAUUAUGAAAAUGCUUGUAAUCACUAUUCUUCUGCUGCUGAUUAUUUCCUUUCCGAAGAUCAAAAGAGUAGUGCUAAUCAAUGUAUUGUAAAAUUGGCUCACUUACAAGCUGUUAUGGGAAAGUUUGAUGAGGCUAUUGAACAUUUUGAAAAGGCUGCUUCAGCAGCUGUUGAUGACAGAUUAUUGAAAUGGGGAGCAAAGGAAUAUUUAUUCAAGGCAUUGAUUUGUAUCAUGGCCAAGUUGGAAGAAUGUGAACCAGAGGAUAUUAAUGAAGUUAGAAAUAAGAUUUCCGAAUACAAGGACAUGGACGUUCACUUUGGUGAUUCUCUCGAAUGUAAAUUAAUUGAAAAACUUGCAGAUGCCUGUGAAGAGAAGAAUGUAAAGACAUAUACUAUUACUUUAAGAGAUUUCGACAAGAUCCAAAAAUUAGAUACAUGGAAGACCAAUCUUUUCCUCCAGAUCAAGGAUAAGAUCAAGACUAUCGAUCUCACAUAAUUUUUGUACAAACUAAAUAAAUUUAUAGUAUUU